CCUCCUAUCGCCCUUCUCAUCCUUCUUUCACCGCUACUGCCAUUACCGCCUCCUCCCGGGAUGUCGAUAGAGUACAGGCAGUACACGGGCGAGUCUGAUUUGCCUCAUAUCAUGGCUCUAGUUCAACACGAACUUAGCGAGCCGUAUGUGAUCUACACAUACCGUUAUUUCUUGCAUCAGUGGCCUCAUUUGUCGUACUUAGCUUAUCCUGAGGGCUCAACUGAGCCUGUGGGUGUCAUUGUAUGCAAGCAGAGUUUUCAUCACGAGGACAGGAGAAGGAACAGAGGAUACAUUGCGAUGCUUAGCGUGCAUAGAGGCUGGAGGAAGAAAGGAAUAGCGAGGGCCCUUGUGCAGAAGUCCAUCGAGACCAUGAGGAAAAGCGGUGCGAAUGAGGUUGUCCUUGAAACAGAAUUCGACAACUCUGCCGCGCUUUCGCUAUAUGAGUCUCUUGGCUUCAUCCGCGAGAAGCGCCUCUUCCGUUUCUAUCUGAAUGGCAAAGACGCUUUUCGUCUGGUCCUCGUCGUCACUCCACUCCCUCCUGAUUCGAUGAAUCGGCCACCAGUAGACUCGGACAUCGAAUCGCCGUUGUCAGAGUCUCCUCCCGCUCUCGACACGAAAUCUAUACCUCUCACGCGCCCUAUGCCCAUAAUGUCCGCACCUGUGCAAUACUUUACCGUACCUCCGUCAUCUUAUGACUCGGACGAUGAUGUCUCUGGUCGCUAAUGACAUCGUCCCCUUCCCUUGCACUCUUAGUCGGCACAUGCUACUAGCAUAUUCGCCUUCGCACACGACACCAUUGCCCAACCAGUCACGUUCAGUUUUCCGCAGUUCCAUGUUAGUGUAAAUAUCAAUUAGAUUAUUCAAAUAAUGGGCAUACUUUUCUUGCAGUUAUGUUUUGUAGUUCCUUGUUCACUUUGUACAGUUACUCUAGCUAUUCGUGUCCU